GAAAAGGGAGCCAGAGGACAAGCAAAAACCAAAAUCAAAUGUCUCUGUCUUGGCGGGAACUCCGGGACCUGGAAUACGCAGGGCGACGACCCGACCCGUUUGAAUCAUUGGGAUUCCGUUUGCCACCAGCUGCCGUUCUCCGCCGCCUCGCCCGGGAUUAUCCUGAUACCGUGAAGAUUCCAGAUCCAUUGGCGGACACUACUACUUCUACAUCUGCCUCUCCCUACCCUAGGGCUCCUGAAGCACCCCUGGCUGCUCCCCUGACUCCUCACCCUUUAAGUUUUUUUGACAAUGCAUAUACCAUACAGAAGCUCCAAACAGAAAAAUGUAUGUAUUGUACAAAGGUGGGGGUACACGGUACUGCAUCUUGCUCCUACACGAGACGUGUCCCAAAGAAUGCACCUGUUGGCCCUGGCUGUGAACUAGUUUGUAGGAUCUGUGAAAGUCCGUUUUCAGGCACCUGUUGUGGUCUAGAUGAAGGCCGUGCUAUUCUCAAAGAGUGCAUAAUUUGUGGAGUGUACGGUGACCACUGGCCUAGAUGGUGCCCACGCAACAAUCGAGUCGACAAGAAACUUUUGGACCUUCCUCCUGGUGUCUUUCACGUGGAUUUCUCCCGCGGCACUAGUGCUCCUGGAAAAGUUGAACAGAAGGAGCCUGCAAAGCCAGCUUCAGUUAAGAGCAAUGCUGUCAAAGACGAUGACCCAGAGGAUGAUCAUGACAGUGACGAUGAAGAUGAUGAAACCCCUACCCCUAAGAAGCCUGGAUCUAAGAGAAGAGCCCGAGCCUCUGCAUCAGCUAAAACUCCAGUUUCUGCUAAGGAGGCAAAGAUAGAUACUGAUGGUGAGAAGGGCCCCCACAGCGAUACGCCACACCCUGCAGAUAAGGGAAAGACACCUCCUACUGAUAAGCAACUCCAAAGUCUGUCAUUUGGUUCUGAUGGUGGUCUUCAGUCUCACAACGAGGACAAUGAUAGUGCUAAAAUGUAGAAUGGAGAUGUUGCUGAAGCACGGGCUUGUUUUUGAUAUAUAAAAUUGUAUUGGUAAGGAGAGUAUAUGGGAGAUUAUGUUAAAAGGGUUUUGGCAUUAGUGGAUUGUCCUUGACAGUAUUGCUCGAUGGUUUAUAUAUAAAAGGGUUUUCAAGUAGGCGUUAUGUUUAAAACCCUAUUUCUUUCUGUCUACUUUAAAUUGGUAUCCUUAAAA